UGUAAACUUCCGACUUCAACUGUAUAAUGACAUAUUCACUAUUAGCAAUUGCUGAGUAGUUUUCAAUACAAAAAAAGGUACUGUAUUGCUGUUUUGCUGUAUAUUUAAUGCAGUAUACUGUAAAUUAUGGUUCAUUUUGGGGAAAUAUUGUAGGAGGGGAAGCAUCACUGGCUCAUUAAGGGCUAGGUUGGUAUAGCUAUGUUUACAGUAACAUCAACAUUUAAAAUCAGGGCUAGGUUGUUAUAGCUCUGUUUACAGUAAAAUCACCAUUUAAAAUCAGGGUAGCUUGUUAUAGCUCUGUUUACAGUAAAAUCACCAUUUAAAAUCAGGGUAGCUUGUUAUAGCUCUGUUUACAGUAAAAUCACCAUUUAAAAUCAGGGUAGCUUGUUAUAGCUCUGUUUACAGUAAAAUCACCAUUUAAAAUCAGGGUAGCUUGUUAUAGCUCUGCGCCAGGCUCACUUGGCUAUGUAUGUACUAUUUCAGCUCCUAUCUGUUUUAUGUCCUGAGAAGAGUUCCUUUAACCUUCUCGACUAAAACAGGUAAAACAAUAGUUCUGACAUUGGCUUACACUGUGGUACAAACACUUGCACCAGCUGAGUUUACUUUCACUUUUACUGUGUGGGGAGGGGCUUCUGCCAAAAACGUCCAUAUGUGAUAGGUUCAUUCAAACCCAUGUGGGUUGGACACACGAAAGAGGGAAAUUCAAAAUCCCUCUCUUUACUCUCUAGUGACUAUAAGAGAACUCCCAUGUUCACCAUGUCUCCUGCACACUACAACUACCUGUUUAUUCUUCUAAUAGUCCUCCCUAAAGGGCUCUCUCAGUUGGUGAGAACACAGCAGGUUGUCACAGCAACCCUGGGAGAAGAUGCAGUCUUAAACUGUGAGCUCAAGAAACCCAAAGACGUGCGGCAAGUCACCUGGCAAAAAGUGACAACUGGGCCGAAUGAAAAUGUGGCCACCUACAGUAAACGCGGUCCCAAUGUCAACCUACAUUUUAAGGGGAAAGUGGAGUUUGAAGACGAGGGACUGCAGAACUGCUCUAUCAUCAUCAGAGGAGUGUCAAGAGGAGAUGAGUCCUGCUACAAGUGUCUGUUUAACACCUUUCCAGAUGGAGCUAUCAGCAGCAAGACCUGCCUCCAAGUCAAUGAGCUGUAUGGACCCUCACUCCUCAUCACACAAACCAACAACAGUCACACCACUCUGUCCUGUUCUGCUACUGGACGACCUGCUCCUAUAGUGACCUGGGAUGACAUGAUGAUAGAACAUUCCACCACGGUCGAUGUCACCCAUCCCAAUGGAACUAUCACUGUGACAACUACUACAACAGUGGCAGUGGCCAGUCUAACUGACAAAGAGGUUAGGUGUGUUGUGUCACUGUCCUUCAGUGAUGUCACCAAGAAUGCUUCCAUGGUGAUUCCAGCUAGGGAUCAAGCUUCAUUUGCAGGUCAAUCUCAGGUCUCUGAUGAUGACUGGAUCAGUGGUACAGUGGUUGGUUCAGUGGUUGGUGCAGUGAUGGGUUCAGUGUUAGUUUCAGUGUGUCUCAUUGCUGUAUUCUGGGUAAUGUGGCUGAAAAUGAGGAGAAAAGAAACCUCCUCCAGGGGAAAAAAAUUACCGGACCCUGAAAUCAGCAGAACUCCCUUAAAGACACCACCACCAUCCAAUUUCACACCAACCUCCAGUCCAUCACAGAUGCCACACUCGUCAACCAGCUCGUCAACCAGCUCGUCAACCAAGCGUAGGAUGACUAAGAAGGACACACCAACCUCCAGUCCAUCAAUAAUGCAAUCCUUAAGCUCGUCAGCGAAGCGUGUGAUGCAUCAAGCUCAGGAGGCUGUAAAGAGUAUCUCCAUUCAAGAAUCAGAUGAUGGUGUAACAAGGAACCUUUUAGAAGAUGACGACUACUGAGUGACUCUAAUCACAUUGCCACACACACCAAAUCACUAUUGACUAAUAGUGAAAAACUCAAAACUGUCUGUCUGUCUCACUCUCUUUACUUGAGCCAUAGCUUAAUAGGGUUAUUUCCUGUCUGUGCUGUAUUCACAUUAGUCUCAGCUGCUGUUAUCCAUUUGUUUUAUGUUUCUGUUGUUGCCAUGUCUGUUUUUCAGUGUUUAGAUACAUUAACGUUUCUGCACUUCUUGUAUUAUUAUUUAUUUUUGCACUACCCCAAACUUCCCUGUGAUUUAAAAUGAACCAAUAAAACAUUAAUCCAUUGUAAAAAGAA